CCAUUGCCACUUCUUGUGCAACACUCGACUGCGCCCGUCCGCCUCGGACCCAGAUGCACCACCCCACGCCGCCGUAGCAGCAGGGAAUCGCGUCGCAUUUUGCUCGCCAUUUUCGGGGCUACUGCCGGCAUUGGGCCCAGACAUCAAAGACGUUUCCCUCUGCCCACACCACUCGUUCCGUGACAUGGAAAAUGACUACCUCUAUGUUGGCGUCUGGAAAGGCAAACGUAUACGGGGGACUUAAGAAGUUGACCGUCAGCCAAUGCGGCCGUGUAUACUCCAACUCCACCACACCGCCACCUCCGCCUCCAACUGCCAAUGGCAAGCAUGCCGCGAGGGCCGACGACGCCGCCAAGCAGCGCGAGCUGGUGAUGAAUGUGCUGACGGCGAAUGCCACCAAGCGCGACGCCAAACAGUAUCUGGCUCGAUUUGAGCAGUCAGCACGAACCAGGGCGUACCUGGGCCCAAGCAAUGCAGCACCACAAGAUGACUCCCAUGGCUCUCGUCACCGCACCAAACAGAGAGAGGACCAUAACGGUGUGAAUCUUGGCGGACUGUACACUCCCGCGAGGGCGAUUGCAAAUUCUCCACAAUUCACUGUUCAAAAUGCUUUCCGAGAACAGCAAGUGCAGGAACCCCAGCAAGAACUACAUGUGGCGCUAGCAUGUCUCAAAGCGCCAGAAGCCAUCGACGACUUCACUCUGGACGGCCUUGCCAGAACAAUUUCUCAAUUGGUCAAACUUGACAUGGCCAUGAUUCUCGUUCUGGACAUCAACCCUUCCAAUGUCCAAGCAGAAGACCACGCAGAACAACUGGCUGAUACAAAAACAAUGCGACGUGUCCUCGCCCAGCAAGCAGAUCGACUCUGCGAUGCCAUAGAUCGUCAUAAUCCGGAAGGUGCUCGAUCUGUGCCGAACGCCCUCGAAACGUACGAAGAUCACUGGGAGCAGGGCAUUGAUACGAUGGAGUUGCAAGUGGCAAUGCCAAAUUUGAUCAUGGAUCCGUUAAGUCGUGGCAUGGUUCCAAUAGUAUCACCAUUGGCUUACAACACUUCCGGUCAACUCGUGGAAGUGGCAGCCGCCGAUAUUAUGGCUGCUUUGACCAAAUAUCUCACUGGAAAGGACAAACCUGUGGAUGAUGAUGCUGCACAUAACUACGGCGAGGUUAGCCUCGAUCGGAUUGUUGUUUUGGAUGCAGUUGGAGGUAUUCCCAGCAAGCAUCGAGGGCACGGAGCGCAUGUCUUCAUUAAUCUUGAUCAGGAAUACGACCUAGUGGAGAGCGAACUGGCAGAGUACGCAGAAGAAGCUCGCCAAGACGAAACAAACAGCAGAGGUCCAGCUUUCUAUGAUCAACAUCGUGACAACUUGGAGCUGGUUCGACGAUGUCUACACAUAUUACCAUCAUCAUCUUCAGGACUCAUUGUCUCACCACACGAAGCCGCAAGCUCGUCAACAGCUACGGACGCUGCUCCCUCUCCACUUGGUGCUGCCGGAACAAGACGACAGAAGAACCCGCUGAUCCAUAACCUUCUCACAAACAAGCCUGUAAUAUCAUCAUCGCUACCCGCAGCUCGACUGGCCCCAAAAGAACACGACGGCGAUGAAGGGCCUCUGACGGAAGCGAGCACUGUGCUCAGAAAGGGCAUGCCGCUCAGUGUCAUUCCAUCAGUAGGCAGGACACGUGGUUGGCAAAAGCCGAGUGUCGGGAGAACUCCACUACAACUCGAAAAGGAUCCACGCGUGGACCUUCCUCGUCUGGUACAUCUGAUCGAAAACAGUUUCCGACGCAAACUGAAUGUCAAGCACUAUUUACAACGAGUGAACAGUCAUGUCGCUGGCAUUAUCGUAGCCGGACAGUACGAAGGCGGUGCGAUCCUCACAUGGGAAAUGCCGCCCGGUGUUAACGAUCCGCAACGACUAGUACCAUAUCUCGACAAAUUCGCCGUCUUGCAGAGCUCACAAGGGUCAAGCGGCGUCGCCGACAUUGUCUUCCAAGCAAUGGUGCGCAGCUGUUUUCCCAACGGCGUAUGCUGGCGCAGCAGGACCGACAAUCCCGUCAACAAAUGGUACUUUGAGCGUGCAGCUGGGAGCUGGCAAAUACCAGACAGCAAUUGGACAAUGUUCUGGACUGGCGAAGGUGUCAUCGAAAACGAGCAGAAGUGGAAUGAUUAUGUGGCCGUCUGUUCAAGCAUACAAGCCAGCUGGGCUCCUGACGGGAAGAAAGAUGACUGA